AUGAUGACCACUUACCAAAACCCGGAGGACGACGCGAUGGCCCUCAUGGUCCACGACACCAACACGGCAAAGGAGAAGGAGAGACCGAAAGAAGAAGCGGUCCAGGACAAAGUAGCGGAGAAGACGGACCCGUCCCAGAAGCCGCCGUACUCCUACGUCGCCCUCAUCGCCAUGGCCAUCAGGGAAAGCUCGGAAAAGCGCCUCACCCUCUCCGGUAUCUACCAGUACAUCAUCAGCAAGUUCCCCUUCUACGAGAAGAACAAGAAAGGCUGGCAGAACAGCAUCAGGCACAACCUCAGCCUCAACGAGUGCUUCAUCAAGGUUCCGCGGGAGGGAGGCGGGGAGAGGAAGGGGAAUUAUUGGACCCUCGAUCCGGCGUGCGAGGACAUGUUCGAGAAAGGCAACUACAGGAGAAGGCGCCGGAUGAAGCGGCCCUUCCGACCUCCGCCGACCCACUUCCAGCCGGGCAAGUCCCUGUUCGGAGGCGACGGCUACGGCUACCUGUCCCCGCCCAAGUACCUGCAGUCCAGCUUCAUGAACAACUCGUGGUCGCUGGGUCAGCCGCCCGCCCCGAUGUCCUACACGUCUUGUCAGAUGGCCGGCAGCAACGUGAGCCCGGUGAACGUCAAGGGGCUGUCGGCGCCCUCGUCCUACAACCCCUACUCCCGGGUGCAGAGCAUGACGCUGCCCGGCAUGGUGAACUCUUACAACGGCAUGAGCCACCACCACCACCACCACGCGCAUCCGCACCACCCCCAGCAGCUGAGCCCCGCCGCCGCGGCACCGCCUCCGGUCUCCUCCGGCAACGGCGCCGGCCUGCAGUUCGGCUGCUCCCGCCAGCCCAGCGAGCUCUCCAUGAUGCACUGUUCGUACUGGGACCACGAAACCAAACACUCGGCGUUACACACGAGGAUUGAUAUUUAG